AUCCCCGGCUUCUGGGGCGGCGAGUGGCCGGGCCAGGCGCCUAGCGUGCGGGGCGGGAAAGAAGAGUUGAGCGACCGUUCGGGCUCCGGCUCCAGGCUCGGUCGGCCGGCCGCAGCCCCGCGGGCCGCCCUCCUGUAGAUCUCGCCGGCGGGCAACCCUGGCCGUGGGCACCUGCGCGGCGCGGGGCCGCUGGGCGGCGACAUGAAGGUCACGGCGCUCGACGGGCGCCAGCUGCGCAAGAUGCUCCGCAAGGAGGCGGCGGCGCGCUGCGUGGUGCUGGACUGCCGGCCCUACCUGGCCUUCGCCGCCUCCAGCGUGCGCGGCUCCCUCAACGUCAACCUCAACUCGGUGGUGCUGCGGCGGGCGCGCGGCGGCGCGGUGUCGGCGCGCUACGUGCUGCCCGACGAGGCGGCCCGCGCCCGGCUGCUGCAGGAGGGCGGCGGCGGCGUGGCUGCCGUGGUCGUGCUGGACCAGGGCAGCCGCCACUGGCAGAAGCUGCGCGAGGAGAGUGCCGCGCGCGUCGUGCUCACCUCGCUGCUCGCCUGCCUGCCCGCCGGCCCGCGCGUCUACUUCCUCAAAGGGGGAUAUGAGACUUUCUACUCGGAAUAUCCUGAUUGUUGCGUGGACGUCGAACCCAUCUCCCAAGAGAAGAUUGAGACCGAGAGAGCCCUCAUCAGCCAGUGUGGGAAACCAGUGCUCAGCAUCAGCUACAGGCCAGCUUAUGACCAGGGCGGCCCAGUUGAAAUCCUUCCGUUCCUCUACCUUGGAAGUGCCUACCAUGCAUCCAAGUGCGAGUUCCUCGCCAACCUGCACAUCACGGCCCUGCUGAAUGUCUCACGGCGGACCUCCGAGGCCUGCACGAGCCACCUACACUACAAAUGGAUCCCCGUGGAAGACAGCCACACGGCUGACAUUAGCUCCCACUUUCAAGAAGCAAUAGACUUCAUUGACUGUGUCAGGGAAAAGGGAGGCAAGGUCCUGGUCCACUGUGAGGCUGGGAUCUCCCGUUCACCCACCAUCUGCAUGGCUUACCUCAUGAAGACCAGGCAGUUUCGCCUAAAGGAUGCCUUCGAUUACGUCAAGCAGAGGAGGAGUGUGGUCUCGCCCAACUUUGGCUUCAUGGGCCAGCUCCUGCAGUAUGAAUCUGAGAUCCUGCCUUCCACGCCCACCCCCCAGGUUCCCUCUUGCCAAGGGGAGGCAGCCAGCUCUUCCUUCAGAGCCCAUUUGCAGACACUGAGCCCUGAUGUGCAGGGUUCCUACUACACAUUCCCUACCUCGGUGCUGGCGCCAUUGCCCACCCACUCGACGGUCUCAGAGCUCAGCAGGAGUUCCAUGGCCACAGCCACAUCCUGCUAAAACUGGAUGGGGGAACCCGCCCAGCCCCAAGAACAACUGUGAUUUUGUUUUUUAAACUGGUGGACAUUUCAUACCUGUGCAAUACUGAAGGACCCCCCUCUGUCUCGCUGCUCCGGUGGGAUAGCGAAGGGUCCCCAGGCUUGCAAACGAACUUCAGACUGACCUCGGGGUAGGUUCUCGGGACCGAAGGAAGGCCAAGCCAUUAUGAGAGCACAGCUUGUGCUGACUACUGUACUUCCAGACCCCCCUGCCCUCUCAGGACUGCCCAGUCCUCGCACCUCAAAGUUCGCCUUUUCAUUUCAAGCGUAAGGCAAUAAACACCUGCAGCAACGUGGGAGAAAGCAGCUGCUAGACCCGGAGAAAAGGCAGUCAAGAAGCCAAUUCAUUCUGAAGGAAGCACAAUUUCCACCUUACUUUUUGAACUUUGGCAGUCUCCGUGUCUGUCUCUGUCGCUUCAGGGAAUAAGCUGAUCAUCUAGUCAGGAAAGUAACCCUAUAGGGACCCCAUAUAUAUAUAUAUGCUGAUUUGAACCCUCAUAUCUUCUUGAGAUUCCCUCUUGGGUCCCACAGAGGCAGUUUUUUGAAGUAGCGAGAUGUUGACACUUCUGAGUUGCCUUUUCACUGUGGGUUCUUCCCUGACUUUGGACUUUGGCAUGACUCUUACUCAUACUUGAACCUUUCUUGUUACACCUCUACUCAAAGCAACUCUUGUGUCAUUUUGAAGAGAGUUCCUUAGACCAUAGACCAAAAAUCACCCAUUUGAGGUGGUGGCGUGGGUGCCAGGAGAAAAGGGUACCUACUGUCUGGGUCAGUGUCAUUGACACGGUCUUUUCCCCAGCUUGCCGUCCUUAUAUGUGCUUGUCUUGUCUCUUGUGACACUUGUUUUUCCCCCCCACCCCUGGAGAUUGUCUUCAAGAUGUUGACUUUUAGGAUUUGUAGAUUUCAUAGUGUGGUACUACUUUAUAUUUUGUCUAGGUUACUUCUCCAGGGGAAAAGGCAAUAAUUUCCUAAAAUCCAUUCAAAUGUGAAGAAAAGCAGUAUGUUAUUGGUCGUCAUUGUCAUCGUUUUUUUAUAGUGUUAAAUAAAAACAGUAAAAAGAAGAACU